UAAAUAAUACAGUCGGGUAAUAUAGCUUGUCGAUACUUGUAAUUAUCUUGCCCCUUGAAUGAAAAGAGGGGGGACAAAAUCAUGAAAUACUGAAGAAACUUUGCAUUUAUCACCUAUGUAGCGUUAUGCGAAAGAAAUAGAGUAAUUAAAGGAAGGGAAGAAUUGCAGAGCAGUCCUCAUCUACAUUUCAGAAUGGAAAACGGUGGGUUUGUUUUAGCCACAGAAUCUCCCCUCUACCAACCACCUCUAGAUUUCGAAGUCUCUUUUCCAAGGCACCAAGUGAGCAAUGAUGAUGGUCACCACACAAACCAAAUUCAUGGGGUGGAUGCGCGUCUUGGACCCAUGAGAACCGGGCGAUUACUAGAAGACAAGAGGUGGCAUCCUUUAGAAAGGCAGAAACAGAGGGACUGCUUGCCUGACCUGCAGUUAAGACUAAGCCGAAGAAGUGGAAUUGAUGCUGAGACGACGACUCAUUGCGAAGCCCGCAGGAAAUUAGCACCCACCUUUCACUUUCUUAACCUCAAUAUUUACCCAGGAUAAAAUCCACCACAGCCAAAUAAAAAGGGUUGAUGAAUCUCUUGGUUUACAUGCACACAAAAAUUAAAAUGUUGCAGACAAGGCCGAAUGAGGCUGAGUUCUUAUUAAGGAUCUGACCAUGUAAAAAUGGACCCCCAGGAAGUGAAAUCCUUGUAAGUGUUUAUUUUUUGCUGCUUCUUCUAGAUGAUGCAAAUGAUGUAUUUGAGGUUUAGAAUGAGUUUAUUUGUUGAUAAAAACUA